CAUAACUGUAUCUACACACAGAGCCUUACGUUCCCUACGUGACAGCCCAAAUGGGCGGAGCCAAAUUCAACAUCAACAAAAGGAAAGAGAAGCUCAGAAAAACAAGACGAUACGACUCGGAUAUACAAACACAAUAUGCCCUUUUAACAUCUCUGGUUUUGAAGACUUGAAACCCAGAUAAAGUGAAAACAUGGAUGCCUUCAAACUAAUGAAAGAGCUGAAGGCGAAUUUGGAGCAGGAGGUUUAUUAUUUGCCAAAGGAAACGGGACUGAGUUUGAUCGAGUCCACCCAAGAGAAUAGCAAUGGAGUUUCAGCCAAAUGUCGAGAUGCCCGGGUGGAGGAUCUCUGGAGCUUGACCAGUUUUUUUGGUUACAGCGCUCAGACCUUUGUGCUGGCCGUUAACCUGCUGGAUAGGUUUCUAGCCAUGAUGAAGGUUCAACCAAAGUAUUUGGCAUGUAUCAGCCUAAGCUGCCUCCAGAUCGCCGCCCGGGCGACCGAAGAAGAGUGCGAUGUUUCGUCCAGCCACGAGCUCAUUCGCAUCAGCCAGUUCAAAUUUACCGUCUCAGACCUCAGCCGUAUGGAGAAGAUCAUUUCAGAGAAACUGAACUUCCAGUUCAAAGCCGUCACAGCCUUAACCUUCCUGCAUUUAUACCAUGCCAUCGCACUUUCGCACACCUCCGGCAGGAAAAAUGUCCUCAACCUCGACAAACUAGAAGCGGAGUUAAAAGCCUGCUUGUGCAGAAUUGUCUUCUCCAAAGCUAAACCUUCGGUGCUUGCCUUAUCUCUGCUGAUGCAGGAGAUCGAUGCCUUAAAGUCAUCAGACCUCCUAGAGAUCGCCCAUCGCAUACAGAGACAUCUGAAGAUCUCUCAGGCUGACCUGGCGCACUGGCGAGGUCUCGUAGAUCAGUGUAUGAAGCAGUAUUCCUCUCCAGAAUGUGCCAAACCUGACCACAGGAAACUGGUUUGGAUCGUAUCGCGGAGAACUGCGCAGAAUUUGCACAGCAGCUACUGCAGUAUUCCAGAGCUACCCACCAUCCCGGAGGGCGUCUGGGACGAGAGCGAGAGUGAGGACUCGAGUGAGGACUUAAGUUCUGGAGAAGAGUCUCUCAGUAGUUCCUUGGGAAGUGACGCGGAAGGACCCUACUUCCCUCCUCACUUCCGCUCCCAGCGACGCAGACUGUAAUACAUUCGUAACCACUUGCCGAAGAGCACGACCACCAAUGGAGAUGCGUCACUUUUCAAAAAUCAAAGGGGAAGUGAUCGAAUCAACUCUGGAAGCUUUGUGAACUUCCUUGUUAUCUUCCAUGAUGUCAUAGUCUUCUCCUGGCUGAUUCAACAGCAAGGUGCCAUUGUGCCUGGGUUCAGUGAAACCACAAAAUAUCUGAAUUGUAUUUUCAACUUUGUAACUCUUUAGGGCUUGAAAGCCUGUCUACAUCUCUCUUAAUUAUUCAUGUUAAGCUAAAGUGAAAAAAAUCACCGUUGCACAACACUGGCAGCUAAAUUUGUAGACAAAAAAAAUACCUGUAGCCGUAUUGUUUUUAGUAGUCGGUGCAUGUCCGGAUUUGUCAACAUUCCAGGCAGCUCAAUAGUACAUAUCCAAGGUACAGUAGACUGUUAUUUAUUCAACACCGUAGGACUUGUACUUUGGUGCUUUGCACAGUUUUGUAAAAUGAUUGUUAAUGUGUGACCGAAGAAAGCUGUAUGCUUGGAGAACGCCGACUCUGAUCAUACAGGUCAAGAGACGUUUCGUGGUGCACUCGGUGUUAACAGAAAAGUGUGUUUGUUUAUUUUUGCGUGUAUGUGAGGGUGAUGUUGUUAACCUACUUGCCAAUUUAGUACAAGUUUCACAUUAGCCAAUGUUUGUGUGUGUGUGUGUGUGUGUACGAACACAAUUACUGUAUGCUGAAAAUGUGCAUUGCACAAAAAAGCCUAAAAAACCUUAAAAUGUAAAAAAUGUUUAUAUAAAAAUGUACAUUUGUAAAAUGUAAAAAAAACAUACUUUAUGUAUAGCAUCUUGUAGAUAUUAACUUAUUAUUUUUGUCAUGCGAAGAUGAAAAAUGUUGAUGAUUAAAAAAAGCUAUUUUGAAA